ACCACCUCUUCCCUCUAACCACCUUCUCACAUUGCAUUAGCAGAGAUCAGAAUCAUGUCUGCAACCAAAACAAAUUUGAAUGUCCUCAUGUGUGGUGCGGGGGAGUACACCACUGGAUGGACAGGAUCUGGUGCUUCAAAGUCGGAUAAGAAGAUCGGCGUCGUUGGGUUGACACUCUUUGACUUGCGCAGACGCCAAAAGGUUGACGACCUGUCUAUGGUCGGUGUUAGCGGUUCCAAAUUCCCUGCUAUCCGCAACCAUCUACAAGCAAACAUUGCCAAUGUGUACAAGGAUAUGGACAUAUCCUUCAAAUCCUACCCAGAAGAGGGAAAAACAGAUCCUGAGGCCUACAAGGUAGCCAUCGAUGCAUUAAAGCCAGGAGAUGCAGUUAUCAUAUUCACUCCAGACAGUACUCACUUCCCUAUUGCCCUCUACGCUUUGGAGCGUCGUCUGCACGUCCUUGUCACGAAGCCAGCGACGCAGAAGCUUGAGCAUCACAUCCAGCUUAUAGAAACUGCCAGGAAGAAUAACGUUGUAUGCUUCGUCGAGCAUCACAAGAGAUUCGAUCCCGUGUACAGUGAUGCUAAGGCUCGUGCCGCUACUCUUGGUGAAUUCAAUUUCUUUAACGCAUGGAUGAGCCAACCGAAGAGCCAGCUUGAGACUUUCCGCGAGUGGGCAGGGAAAGACAGCGAUAUCAGCUACUAUUUGUCGUCGCACCAUAUCGAUAUAUGUUGCUGGAUUCUUCAGGGAAAGGCAGUACCAACUCGGGUUGUCGCGAGCGCUGCGACAGGUAUUGCGACAAGCGACCCAUACAAUUGCGUGGACAACACGGAGGACACAAUCACCCUUCUCGUCGAUUGGCAGUCCCUGUCGAGUUCCAAGCACAGAGGUACGGCAGUGUAUACUGCCUCGUGGACGGCACCACUCAAGUCAGGAGUGCAUUCCGCGCAGCAUUGGUACUACAUGGGGGAGAAGGGAGAUAUCACCGUUGACCAGGCGCAUCGCGGUUACGACAUAACUAUUGACGACACCGGAAAGACCUUGUAUAACCCAUUCUACAUGAAGUAUUCGCCGUCGGAGACAGGUCAUUUCGAUGGCCAGAGGGGUUACGGAUACAUCUCCAUUGAGAAAUUCAUUGAUGCUGCUCGUUCCGUUAACGCCAGUGAAGCUCAGCCGGGAGAUUUCGAUGGACAUGGACUCCCGACAAUUACCAAUACCGUACUGACGACCGCCAUCCUACACGCUGGCCGAAUCAGCCUCGACGAAAAGCGGCCAGUAGGGAUCAAGCUUGAGGGAAACCAAUGGAAGCUCGAGUAAACAUGCGUCAUAGUUAGCGUCAGGACAUAACAGAGGACCGGCAAUUUAACAUGGA